AUGAUGUCCAAGGCAUGCUACUAUUACGCCAACUGCACAGGUCCCAGUAUUACUGCAGCCAACGCUUACGGAGGAGCUUGUGUCAACAUUGAGGAUUUCCCCCUCAAGUCGUUCACCGCUUAUAUUGAGUCUGGCUCUUGUGCGGAUGGCACCUCCGCUGUGUUCAACACCUACACUGCUUCUGGAUGCGAUGCUGCCGAUUUGUCGCUGAGUGUUGAUGUGGAUACUGAGAAGCAAUGCUUUGAGGAUGAUGCCACUCUUGUUAGUGUUAUGGCAGAGUGUGUCUAA